AGUUGCAAAUUGGCUAAGCCGUCGAGUAUAGACAUUAUAUUGUUCUGAGAUAAACGAAAAACAGAUAAUGCUACUGUAUUUUGACCAUUUUGUGACGUGUUUUUGACAUUUCGUGUUGAACAUCGGUCAUUUGCCAUUUGGAAAUCGGUAACUAAGUACAAAACCAAAGCUAGCUCGAUCGAAGUUGAUUCAAAGGGUAAAAAAAUCUCGCCUAAAGGCAGCGAACAUUAAACCAGACGUCUGCAAUUUCUACAAUAUCAUGUUCGCGAAGAUAUUCUGUUUUUUCCUAUCCAUUUUCGUCGCUAUCGAAGCUCAAUUUGUCAUCGACAGAGGGGAGCAAGAUGUCUUCAGGAAUUUAACAGGUUGUUCAGAAGAGACUCCAGAUUUUUGCUAUUUUUUACAUUCGGACAAAAGUCAGUUUGAUCCGUGCGUUUGCCGUUGUUGGCCGAAGUAUCCCAUGUACAGGGAUCAUGACGUUUUCCCUGUUCAAAGAGGACAAUUUAAAAGCAAAGGCAAACCGGGGUGUGUUUGGCAUUCCAAUCAUAGAUACGGUAAGUGUCCCUAUACUUUCAUCACGCCAGUAGAACAGUUUUAAAAGUUCUAUGUUAUAAUGGGAUAUAUGAAAACUAUGUGGUUAAUUGUGGAUUGUAGAUGGAUUUGUAAAUGGAAUCUCGAGUGUGAAUUUUAUAUACAUUAGCUAUAAUGGUGAUUCCAGUUACAGACUAAAUUUUGAUCUAGGCAAGAAGAACAAAAUCCAUCACCACAGCUAGAAAGAGCAUGUUAAAGUUAGUAAAAUUGCAAAGUUUGGUUUCGAAAUCUUGUAAAAUGAUGAAAAUAUAGCCCUACAAAAUUUGCAAAUUUAGUAUUAGGCCUAAUUUGUAUUAUGCACGGGAAAACGCACACCCAUUUUUUGGGCGAAAGUGGUGCAUUUUCUCGUGCGUUAAUACAAAUUAACUGCACAAAAUUUUCAAAUUUCGCAGGGCUAUAUUUUUUGCAUUUCACAACAUUUCGCGGCCAAAGUUUGCAAUUUUACCAAUUAUAACAUGCUCUUUCUAGCUGUAGUGAUGGAUUUUAUUCUUCUUGCCCAGAUCAAAAUUUAGUCUUUUGCUGGAUCAUCUAUUAGACCUAACCAGGUAUACAGUUGCGGAAAAUGCAACUAUAUAGGUCCUCUAGCAGGAAUCGAAUCUGCGGCCCUGCGAUUGCGGUGCAGCGCUCUAACCAACUGAGCUAUAGAGACCAGUUGUCAAGCUCUAACCACAUGUAUAACAUUGGCUGCAUCUCCUUAGCCUUUACACAAGAGAGGUGUAAGGGCUAAGGAGAUGCAGCCAAUGUUAUAGGGGUAUAUCCAAGGCCGGAUUUUGGUGGAAAUAGUGGGGGAGUUGGAAAAAAUUUUGGGGAGGUGCAGCGGUCUAGCUCACGACCCCCAUGGAAAGUUAGCGCUUAGAAUGGGCCAAAGUCAACGACGUGACGUAUGCAUGUAGUGCACAUAUGUAUCAGUGUAUUGAUGAAUUAUGACUGCACAACUCAUCCAAUUUUGCCCUUCAUCACAAUUACUACAAAGUUUCUUUCAAAAGGCACUUGACACAAAGAUCAAGGGCUAUCACUGUUUCCAUUUUACAAAAAAGUCCUUACGAAGUGCAGUCCCUAUGCAACCAAAAAAUGUCAAAUUUUCACUUUUGUCUAGGGGAGGUGCAAAAAUUCUCAGGGGAGGUAGAACGAUCUCAGGGGAGGUGCGCACCUCUCCACACCUUCCCUCAAAAUCCGACCAUGGGUAUAUGCCCAAAAUCCUUAAUUGUAGACUAGUUGAUUUUAACCAUCUGAAUGAAUAUAGCUGCCUGGCUGAUACCAACAUUAAUUGAAGGAAUAAUUGACUGGUUGGCUUAACGAUUCAUCAGUUAUUGAAUUCGUGGUUUCAUGAAAGAUUGCUGGCCGGCUAAAGCAUAUUUGUGAACAUGCUUUCAUUGGUAGAGAUGUGACUACCUUGAAAUUCUCCUUAUAUAUUUUUGAGGUGUUCUAUCCCUACCAAAGAAAGCUUGUUCAUAUUAUUGGCACUGGUAAAGACAGUUAAAGAAUAUCGAUGCCUGUUGCCAUCCAACUUAGAUAACUCGCGUUGUCUAGUUACUAAUGCAUAGUUACCACUGUUCUGACAAUGUAAGCGUAAUAUAGAAUGGAACAAAGGUUACCAAGCAUUUAAAUUACUUGAGUGCGAGAAUUCGAAGGCAAUAAUUAAUAAACGUGUGUUAUAGCUGAUUAAAUUUAUUCUUUAAAGAUAAAAAUAUUAAAGCCCAGCAAAUGACUUCCGAACAGGGCAUAACACAAAAGAAUUAAAAUUUAAAAAAUUUUCCUGAAAAUGAUAAAAAAAUUUAAAAGCCCACUCAAUUGUUCCACUUUUAAGCAGUUUUUACAUUUCUAUAUUAUUGCUUAUAUUAUUGCUUCAAAAACCUUUAUAGAUUUAAAUUUAAAUAGAUUUCGUUAAAUUAUAAAGAGGCUUCAAUGGCGCAAUCGUCAGCAAGCGUCUUUCACCUCAGAGAUCGUGGGUUCAAUUCUCGCUACGGACUCAUGCAUGACACUCGUGUGAAAAGAGUUAGUGGAUUUUCUCCGGGUGCUCCGAUUUCCACCCACAGGGAAUGUUGACAGGGUGGGUUGGGAUUAUCUCCCUAACUGAUCCUUCCAUCGUAGCUGUGCUCCGUGAUCAGACAUGAGUCAUAGGAUGGCUGCCAGAGACGCCCUUAGAAAGCCUUUAGGUUGAGCUGCGUCCUUCGUAAUUCAGCUCAGCUGCAAGUAAGGCUAAUUAAUUAGCACACCCCUUUGACUUGCUUGCUUGCCUCAGAGUGACAAAACGUAUAACAAAGCAACGGUUUUACUAACACUAACCCUAUUCCAAACACUAACCCUAACCCUAGUCCUUGACCUAACCCUAACCUAACCCUACUCCAAGUUUGUUUCUAAACCAAUUUUGAAAAAAAACUUUUGACGAAAUGUCAUUCUGAGGUCAGCGAAAUAACUUCUUCGGUAGUUGAGUUGGUUAGAGCGCUGCACCAGAAUCGCAGGGCCGCAGCUUCGAUUCCUGCCAGAGCUAAUAAAUGUAUCAAAAUUUAUACUCUUAAAUUUCCAUCUAAAACAACCUUCAUCAACGAGUUCAGAAGGUGCCCAACAUCCUUAUAGUAUCUAUGCACACGCAAUAAAUCUCACAUCUUGUAGCACGUCUGCCAACAAGCCGUCAAAAAGUUGUGUUCGCACUGCUUGUCCCUAGUUCUCACUGACAAGUUUGGAACAAGCUGUUAACAACUUGUAUAAACAAGUUUGUUGAUAUUAUCAGACUUGUUGGAAGGUUGUUCCAAACUUGUUACAACAACUGGGAACAAGCAGAGCGAACACAAACUUGUCGACAGCUUGUGAACGGAUUUCGGUACAACUAGUGCGUUUUUACCUGUGCAUAUAGCAGGCUUCUGUCGCUGUUUUGAAUAAGUAAUGUUACUUUAAUUAUAAUGACUAGUAUAUACACUAUUUUAUCGAAAUAAUUUAUUAACAAAAAUCAUUUUAGAAUGUUUCCAUAUUCGCAAACUUGGUCGAGGUCGAGAUACUAAUGACGACGAAGAAGCGUUGGAAUUUGACCUUAGUAAACCAGGAAGUUUGCAGACAUUCGCUGAUCACGACCUGAGCACGUGCACAGGGUUAGAGACAGCUAUUAAGAUGCCUGAGGACAGCGUCUUCACACCGAAGACUGGCUUAUUGACUGCUGUUUACGGCCGCUUUGAUAUUCUUAAUUUUAUGGUGAGUGGUGUCAUUAAUUUGCCAAUGCAGUAACUUCCAACGAUAAGCCAAGUUAUGUUCGCACAGCUUGUUCCCAGUUGUCGACAAGUCUGGAACAAGUUGUUCUAUCAUCUUGUAACAAGGUUGGUGAGGCCAAUAGACUCGCAACAAGUUGUUACAACAAGUCUGAUAUGGUCUGCACGUAACAAGUUGUUCACAAGCUGUCGACAAGUUGUGUUCGCACUGCUUGUUCCCAGUUGUUGUGACAAGUUUGGAACAAGCUGUUAACAACUUGUAACAAGUUUGAAGGCAUUAUCAGACUUAUUACAAGGUUGUUCCAACAAGUCUGAUACAGCCAUGAUAUAAAAAGAAUGUUACAAGGUUGUUCUAACAAGUCUGAUACAGCCAUGAUAUAACAAGAAUGUUACAAGGUUGUUCUAACAAGUCUGAUACAGCCAUGAUAUAACAAGAAUGUUACAAGGUUGUUCUAACAAGUCUGAUACAGUCAUGAAAUAACAAGAAUGUUACAAGGUUGACCAAACAAUGUUGUAACAAUAUUGUUAUAUCAUGACUGUAUCGCACUUGUUGGAACAACCUUGCAACAAGUUUGAUAAUAUCAACAAGCUUGUUACAACUGUUAACAGCUUGUUUCAUACUUGUUGACAACUUGGGACAAGCAGUGCCAACACAACUUGUUGACGGCUUGUUGGUAGACUUGCUACAAGAUGUGAGGUGUUUGCGUGGGCAGUCUUUUGUAUCUGGUUAUUAAUAUUUUUGAUAAUCACUUUCUAUAGUGGACGAGAAGUGCGGAAAGAUAUGACGGAGGAUUGCUGCGAGGUGUGUUUACAGGUUGUCCGGAAAAAGUAAAAGAAGCGGGAAGAUGUUUCGUUGGCAAAAUUACAGGAGUCUACAACGGUAAAUGCCGGUUUCCACUCUCAAAACUUCUGUGAACACCGUAACAAUUUUGCAUAUAGGUAAAUCCUACAUUUUGAAGGAUUUAUAAGAAAUGGAAGUGACGUCUUAAACAUGUUCCCUCAAAUAGCUCUUGAAAAUCCUCCAAAACUUAGAGUUUACCUGUGCUAAAUUCCUACUGUGAUCACAGAAACUUUGAUGGUGUAAACCAGCCAGUAAUUCCAUUUGUAUGUUUGUGUUGUGAUAAAUUUUAAUAUCCUAAUAAUAAUAUUCGGAACAUGUUUUUACAAUAGGCAAUUCCUAUUAUAGACUAGUUUUAAACCUAGGCAAGAAGAUGCCAAUAAAUCAUAACAGCUAGAAAGAGCAUACUAAAAUUAGUAAAAUUACCAAGUUUGGUUGCGAAAUGUUGUAAAAUGCGGAAAAUAUAGCCUUGGAACGUUCGCAAAUUUUGCAUACUCUUGUAUUGCGUGCGAAAAUUGCUACCACAUUCCUACCACAUUUGGUCCGAAAAUGGUAGCAAUUUCCGCACGCAAUACAAAAGUAUACAAAAUUUGCAAACUUUGCAAGGCUAUAUUUUCCGCAUUUUACAACAUUUCGCAACCAAACGUUGCAAUUUUACUCAUUGUAGUAUGCUCUUUCUAGCUGUUGUGAUUUAUUUGCAUCUCCUUGCCUAGUUUUAAAAUUAGUCUAUAAUGGGAGUUGUCUAAUCUUUGUUUUUACCAGGUGGGGAGUGCACUGUGAGGGCAUUGAAUGGCGAAUGUUGUAUCCUGCCGUUCAAAUACAACGGUCAGGUUUAUAACAAUUGUACGAGAGCGGGCGGCAGUAAGGAAGCGUGGUGUGCUGUGAGGUUGCCGUUCCUUGGAAAUGAAACGAACUGGCGGCAAGAUUGCACAAGUAAGUUUAACUUACGCUAUGUUGAAAUCUGCUGUGUUGGUGUAAUUUACUCAGGUGAAUAAGAUGUUUGUUUGAUGUUACUCUGAGUGUAUAUCCACACCGGGUAGGCUUGAAAAAUGUGCCUGGCCACGGUGGGAAUCGAACCUUCGACCUUUGGAAUACUAGCCCAAUGCUCUGCCAACUGAGCUACGCGGUCAGGUCGGUUCGAGUAUGCGAUAUUUCAGAACUGAGACUAGUUCCUUCGAUAUCAAUGUAAUCUAAUAAUCAUGAAAUCGAAUAAUCAUGAAAUCGAACCGACCUGACCGCGUAGCUCAGUUGGAAGAGCAUUGGGCUAGUAUUCCAGGGGUCGUAGGUUCGAAUCCCACCGUGGCCAGGCAUAUUUUUCAAGCCUGGCCGGUGUGGAUAUACACUCAGUGUAACAUCAUAGAAACAUCUUAUGCUAUGUUUGUGGUGUUACUCUGAGUGUGCAUCCACACCGGGCAAUCUGAAAAGUUUACCUGACCACGGGGGGAAUUGAAACCGCUACCUUUGGGAUACCAGUCCAAUGCUCUACCAACUGAGCUACAAGGUCACCGAUUGCCACCGUGGUCAGGCAAACUGUUCAGCUUGCUCGGUGUGGAUGUACACUCAGAGUAACAUCACAAACAUCAUAUUCACCUGAGUACAUAACACCAACACACACAAAAAGUCAUAUAUUAGCCAUACAUUGAUAUCGAAGGAACUAGAAGUCUAGAUCAGUUCCGAAAUAUCACCAACUCGAACCAACUUGGUAAAGUUGGGUUGAUUAAAUAUUAUCCAUUUACCAACUCAUGUCCGAGUCGAUUCCAAUCCUGAUUCAAAUGUCCGAGUCACGUAAAAAAAGACGAAAUUGAAUAAAAUUCACAAUCGAAUAGGAGUAGGGUUAGGAGUAGGCAUUCAACUACAAAGACAGCUAAACAGUGACUCAGACAUUUGACUCGAUUUGACUCGGUUAACCGACAACUCUCGAGGGGUUAGAUAUACAGCCGAGCAAGUUUUCUAUGACACGUUUUCAUACGACAAGUUCUGUUCGCUCAUCUGUAUAUUCAAUUUUGCCAAAUUUGCCUACAUUACAAGUGCGCACUUGUUAGUAUAUUAAAGCUAGCAUAUUAGCUUUUGAACAGGUGCACUUGAUAUAGAAAAAAAAUGGCAAAGUAAUUAAUAACAAUUUUGCUCGUCUGUAUGGGUCAACAAAGAAAAUUUGAAUUAGAAAAUUUGAGCACUCGGAUGUAGUUGCAUGGACAGCGAUAUAUUGUCGCAGUAGCUUUUGUGGCGGUUACAAAACAAAAAUUUGUCAUAGAAUAUUUGCUGUAUACGACAGGGUUCGUAGCGGUCUUUGAAAUCCUCAUGAAAGUCUUUAAAUUUGAAUGCAGGUCUUAAGGUCUUUGAAAAGUCUUUGAAGUGUGUGAAAAAGCGAAUAAAGUCUUUAAAAGCUAUCUUUAAAUUCUUUAGUGAUUAUUUGAUUAUACGAUUUUCUAACUAAUAAAAUAUAUUGAUUGAAGCAAAAUAUGACGAAAAAGUGCAUUUUAGGAUGUGAUUUGACAGGACUAUUUACCUGGUAAAAAUUAUGCUUAUAUAUCGCAAUUUUUGGACACCUGAUUGCUCGCAAGGGUCUUUGAAAAGUCUUUUACAAUAGGCAGAAAAAAUCUUUGAAAGUCUUUGAAAUUUUUUUGUCUUGGAGACUACGAACCCUGUACGAGCAAUAUGGCAAGUAGGACUUCCCAUACGAACUCAUCAGAGAAAACGUGCUAGUUGUUUUAUUUAAUUUGUAAGAGAAAAGAUAUUUACUAACUUUACAAUCAUAGAAAAGUAUAACAAUGAUUAAAGGUAUGGUCAACAGGACAUUAGUCCCAUGUGAAGACCAACCUGAUACAAAACAACAAGUAGGCAUGCAUUAAAAACAAGGACUAGAACACUAUUUACAUAACUAUAUAAAAAUAAAUAGGUUAGAUUAUGAGCAACAGCUUAAAUUGAAAGAAUGGCAAUUAGAGCAGUAGGUUUUCCAAGUGCGCAUUCUGUUAACAUCGAAAGAAGAGUCUAAUUGAAAAGAGAAGUGAAUACGGAGCUGGAGAUGAAAUGUUAAAAGAUGAAACAUAUUAUUUUCAUUUUAUAGAUUCUAGCAAAGUUGCGCCAAGUUCGUCAUUGAUAAUACAAAGUUCGCCAACGAUAAGUAUUUCACAGCCGCCAACAGAAUCCGUUGCUGCGACCAGAACAACGCUCUUACAAACUGAAGCUAUUUCCGUUCAACGUUCCUCACCUCAGCUGGGGUCCACUCAGCUCCUGAAAGCUACAGAAACUAUUAAAUUGCCAAUUUUCGGGUUGACACCCGGGCCAAAUCCAGAGCCUUCUCCUUCGGUUUCGGAAGGGAAGGAAACAACAUUUAGUUCAAACAUACCUGGCGUAAAACUGUCGUCCCAAUUUAAGCCGAUGUCUUCCAUUGAUUUGAAACCAACCCCGACUGCCCACGAACCGUCAACGAGUCUGUAUAAGAUGUCCUCUACAAUAGAUCAAAUAUCAUCUACAAUUGAUUAUAUCUCAUCGAUCAUUGAUUAUAAAUCCUCAGUUUCUGGCUAUAGUCCGACAGUGAUUAAAUAUACGUCAUCAGUAAUUGACUAUGAACCCUAUAAUCAGACAUCAUCAACAAUUGAUCAUAGAUCAUAUGAAAUCUCACCGUCUUCUAACUUCAUGGCGAAUUCUAUAGAUUUUACAUCAUCGGUGAGUGAUUAUAAAUCAUCCGUUAAAAUAUCAAUGAUCAAUUACACUUCAUCGAUAAUUGAUACUGCUUCAUCAGUGACAGUUCCCGCACGAUCUACAAUUGAUUAUACCUCAUCGAUCAUUGAUUACAAACCCUCAGUUCCUGGUUAUAGUCCGUCAGUGGUUAAUUAUACGUCAUCAGUAAGUGAUUAUAAAUCCUAUAGUGAUAUUUCAUCAACAAUUGAUCACAGAUCAUCAAUCAAUUAUACGUCAUCAAUAAUUGAUUAUGAAAUCACACCGUCUUCUGCGUUAAUGGCGAUGUCCAUAAAUUUUACAUCAUCGGUGAGUGAUUAUAAAUCGUCCGUUAAACUAUCGAUGAUCAAUUACACUUCAUCGAUAAUUGAUAAUGUUUCAUCAGUGAUAGUUCCAACACAAUCUACAAUUGAUUAUACAUUAUCAACAAGUGAUAAUACGUCAUCAAUUAUCGACCAUGUUUCGUCCGUAACUGUCCAUCCCAAACAACCUAUAACUGAUUAUACACUGUCAGCAAAUCAUUAUACACCAUCAAUAAUCGAUCAUGUUUCAUCAAUGGCAGUUCCUGAACAAUCCAAAACAGGUCAUAUGCAAUCAUCCAUUGAUUAUACGUCUGCCAGCUUUGCCUCCAAAUUAUCAAUGACUGUUCACAGAUCAAGAAUAAGUGAUUAUACAUCAUCAAUGAUCGAUCAUGUUUCAUCAGUAAUAGUUCCUGAACAAUCGAAAACAGAUCAUACACAAUCAUCCAUUGAUUAUACGUCUUCAAGCUUCACUUCCAAAUUAUCAAUGAGUGAUCACAGAUCAAGAAUGAGUGCUUAUACAUCAUCAAUAAUCGAUCAAGUUUCAUCAGUAGCAGUUCCUGAACAAUCGAAAACAGAUCAUAUGCAAUCAUCCAUUGAUUAUACGUCUGCCAGCUUUGCUUCCAAAUUAUCAAUGACUGAUCACAAAUCAAAAAUGAGUGAUUAUACAUCAUCAAUAUCUGUUUAUAAAACCACAGUCAGGAGUAGUAAACGUACCAUGUCGACCACCAUAAACCAGUACAUUACGAAACCUUCAUUCACUAUCACCAUGUCAAUGUCGCCACAGACUGUCGUUAAACCAACAAACACAAAGGUAAGCUUCAUCCAUCUUUCAACAUAAACUUUAAAACUUUCUUUCAUGUAACACAUAAUAAGAUUUGUACAACACCAGAUCCAUUUAAGAUAACUAACACUGAAGAACCUAGAUGUACUAAAACUCUGUAUGAUCAAACCAUGAAUUAAGAUUCAGCAGUAGGUUCUGUACAAUAUCAGAACUUUAAGGUAUCUCACAUUCAAGAACAUAUACUACUUCUGCAUGAUCUAACCAUGUUUUUAAACGCAGCAGUAAGAUGUGUGCAACAUCAGAUCACUUUAAGGGUGGCCCACAUUCAAGAACAUGUACUACCUCUGCAUAAUCUAACCAUGCUUAACUCAGCAGUGAGUUCUGUACAAUAUCAGAUCAUUUAAGGUAACUUACGUUCCAUGUACCACCAUUUUACCAUCCAACUAUGCUUAAUUCAGGGACACUUAACUCUACUGACAAGUUUUGUACAUUAUAUCAGGUCACAAUAUCAUGACAAGGGUAAAGGGGUAAUAUAUAAAUGUAUAAGAAGUUGUAUUUUUCCGUCUCCAGGUGGGGUCGUCAAUGAGUUCUGCCAUUGCAUCAGACCCGAAAGCUACUGCAUCUGAUCCUGUUGCUGUCGUCAUUAUUAUUGUCAUAGCAACGGUGGCGUUUGUGGUGCUUUCACUUGUUUGUUGUUUAUUCAUUGGUCUUCGACUUUGGAAGAACAGGUAUACUGAAUAAUAUUAAACCACUUUAAAGCAAAGCCAUGGUUAACACAAAGAUACGAGAACAACUACAUUCAUUUCUUGACACCAUUGAAAAGUUAAUAUACAGGCAAUUCAUACUAGAGAAGGUGGCUAGUCGAAUUAGAUUAAUAUUUCGUUUGCUUAAAACUAUAUAAAUGAAUUUUUAGCCGCAUUAUAAUAUAGUAAUAAUGUUCCUAGUUUUGUUGCUAAUAAUAUAAUAUAAACUAGCUAGUAAUAACAAUCGUAUUAUUGUCCACCUUAGCUUAGGUAAUUGCGUUUUUGUAUAGUUAUAAAUGUAAAUUUUACUGUGUUAAAAUAAAAGUAAAUUGCUGAAAACUGUUUUUGAAGCAAAAGCAUAAAGAAGAACAAGAGCAACGGUAACAACAACGACGACAACAACAGCAGCAGCAAUAACAACAACAACAGCAACAACAACAACAACGACAACAACAACAACAACAACAAACUUACAACAACAACAAACUUACAACAACAACAAACUUACAACAACAGCUGAUGCAACACCAACAACAACAACAACAACAACAACAACAACAACAACAACAACAACAACAACAACAACAACAACAACAACAACAACAACAACAACAACAACAACAACAACAACAACAGCAACAGCAACAGCAACAACAACAACAACAACAACAACAGCAGCACCAACAACAACAGCACCAACAACAACGACAACAACAACAGCAGCAGCAGUAACAGCAACAGCAACAGCAUCAGCAACAACAACAACAACAACAACAACAACGACAACGACAGCGACAACGACAACGACAACAACAACAACAACAACAACAACAACAACAACAACAACAACAACAACAACAACAACAACAACAACAACAACAACAACAACAACAACAACAGCAACAGCAACAUCAACAGCAGCAGCAACAUCAACAUCAACAACAACAACAACAACAACAACAACAACAACAACAACAACAACAACAACAACAACAACAACAACAACAACAACAGCAGCAGCAACGACGAUGACGACAACAGCAACAACAACAACCAACGAGGACUUUGACAAGAGUAACAACAUCAAUGGCAACAACAAAUUGCUUUCUAUAAUAUUCUAGGGUUUUGAUCCGUAAGCGGGAUCCUCGUUGAUGCAAAUGACAUAUUACCAGCAAGAAACAUUACAAUCAUACUGUGCACAAAUUUAAAACAUUCUGAUAUAAAUUUCAUUUAUCGUUCAAUUUUUAGAACCAAGAAAUAUAAAGUGAUCAGUAAGAGACUCCAUAAUGUUACUUUUGCAAUUUGUGCUUCAGUUGAUCAAUGGAUAUUGGUAACACAGUGACUGGUUCAUAGGUCUUCCAUCACCAUGACUCUACCAAUACAUUCCUCCCAGUCGCAUGUGAAAGAGUGCUUCCAGUUUGACUCUACUGAACUCCGCAGAUUUUCUCUGGGUACUCCAGUUUGCACAAUCACUGGACCAUAAUAAGAGAUAGACCUCUAGGGAGAACAGUUUAGAACAGACAAAUUUAUCCAGUAUAAAUAAAGUUAGUUUAGUUUAGGUUUCUUCCUGUAGUAACACUGGAUCAAUACGGAACGACUCUUACUGGUGUAUCUGGAUAACUAAUAGUAGUACACAGUAGAAAUAAAGUUAGUUCAGUUUAGGUUUUCCUUUCAAUAAGAGAUGAUUCUUAUUGGACUUCUGGGGAGAACAGUUUAGAACUGAUAGAACUAUCCAGUAUAAAUAAGGUUAGUUUUGUUUAGGUUUCCUCCUUUUGUGACACUGGAUCAAUAAGGGAUGACAGUUACUGGACGUCUGGACCUCUAGGAACAAUAGUUUAGAACUGAUAGAGCUAUGCAGAUUAAAUAAAGUUAGUUUAGUUUAGUUUAGUUUAGUUUAGGUUUCCGUUCCUGUGGUGACACUGAAUCAAUGAGAGAUGAUUCUUACUGGACAUCUAGGAAGAACUGUUUAGAACUGAUAUAGAACUAUCUAGUGUAAAUAAAGUUAGUUUAGUUGAAGUUUCCUCCUGUAAUAACACUGGAUCAAUAAGAGAUAAUCCUUACUGGACCUCUGGGGAGAACAGUUUAGAACUGAUAGAGCUAUCCAGUAUAAAUAAAGUUAGUUUAGUUUAGGUUUCCUCCUGUAGUAAGACUGGGUCAAUAAGGGGUCGCCCUCACAGUACCUCUUAGAAGAACAGUUUCGAACUAACAGAGCUAUUAGUUAAUCUUUUUCAAUUGACUAUAUAUGUUUUGACACUUUACUUUUGUACAUAAUUUCUUGUUUACUUAAUAUUUUCCACCUUCCAUUUCAGAUAAAAAGCCGGGUGAACAAGCUAUGCAAUCUCCCGCGACUCAACGCCCAGACACUGAGAACCCAGUCCAAACUCAUAUAGGCACCGCCAAUGAAUCUGAAAACGAAAUUACCGAAACGGAAUUCACAAUACCGGAGAAAAAUGACAAGGAUGAUUCAGAUGAAAAAUAUCCGUCGUUUAUGACAUUCAGAUUGUGAUGUGUGAUUAAACACUGAACUGAAAUUACCUGGAGCGCUUCGACUCUCUAAGCUGGAAGGAAAAAUUAUAGUCACGGAAAUUACUCUUUGAACAAUACUGGCAAAUCGUGCUACAAUCACAAAUAUUCAAUUAUAGAGUAAUAUCAGAUGAUAUAUGUAUAUGUCUGUGUGAUAAAAAAUAACAAAUAUAUUAUUCACCCGCAUACUGUAUUAUAUUUUUUCAAUCUAGUAGUAUAUAAAAAAUAUACACACAUUUCAGACAUAUUACAAUUAUAGAAAAAUACAGAAGAUAUAUAUGUUUUACAGAAUUUGUAUAUAUAUGAAUUUAAUAUUAUUUACAAUCUGUACCAGUUUUCAUAAACUUGGAUUUGUUUUUGCUGUCUCUAUCGCAGUGUAUCCUGUGAGCUCGUUUUUUCACUUUUUUUUCAUUCUGUGAAUUGAAUUGAAGCUACUACUCCAGUUAUAUGUCACAGUUUCAAUUCUCUCGUAGACUUACAGACUUUUUUCAUCUUAGAACUAAGACUAAAUCAGUUCUAUUAUUUCUACUAUUUCUAUUGGCCAAUAUUUGCACGAAUUAUUGAAAAUUGAGUUUUGCUCACAUAUUUCUCAGGAAAUAUGUGAGCAAAUUCUAUUCUUCGAAUUUAUUUGAUCCAUUUUUUUAUUAAAUAACUUGCUACUAUUUUCUUCAAAGUCGUCAUAUACCAGCUCUUAUGGUAAAAAAAAUCAUGGUAGACCUCACUUAAAUUGCGCAGUUUAUAAUAGUAUGUCUUUGAGAGAUUGAUGAUGAAAAUUUAAAGGAUAUUUAGCAACAACUCGUAAGUACGUUUCGAUUGAAAGAACUCCUUAGAAUGUAGAAUAUAGUAUUUUACAAACUUUUUAUAUCUUUCUUCGGUUAGACGAUACUUCAUUUCGUUUGAAAUAUUAACUCUCAAAUACGCGCUUCUUAUUGGAUGACGUUUCCACUAACUAUAGUUUAACUUUAAAGGGAAAUGGCAAUAUAUUUUUUUAUUUUCUCGUUUCAAAGAACAUUUAAAACCAUAUAUAAAACUCUUUCACCGUUUUUUCAUAUCUUGUUUACGUCUACAAAUAUUUUAAUCGAAAGAAAUGAAAUGUCCGCCAUCUUGGAUUUUUGUAGAUAUGCAUGUUACGUCACAACAGGGGUCACGCAAUAUUUUUAUCUAGACAACCACUAAUCAUUUUGCACUCAAAAUUAUACUCUGCAUGUCCUUGGAAAUAUCAAGAUUACUUGAAACCUUUAAAACAUCUGCCAAUCAAUAUUUGGUCAGCAACGAAUACUUUUAUAUGGUUAAUCCCUGUUGUGACGUCACCAAAACUACCGUUAAUGAGAUCAAAAAUUUAUCCAAGAUGGCGGACAUCUCAUUACUUCAAGUGAAAAUAUUUCAAGAACUCUACGAGAUAUGAAGAAUCGGUAAAAGAACUUAUUAAAUAGUUUCAAAAGUUCUUUCAAAUUAGAAAAUAAAAAUUUAUAUUGCCAUUUCUCUUUAAUCACUUUUUAUACAACCGGCCCCUGAUCUUUAUAAGUACGAAAAAGCAAAUCUAUUGACAUAUUAAUUAACGCGCGAUAUUAAGCCAAAGUUGAAUUAUCUGAAUGAUUUCAUCUGUUUUGAACAAUGAGCUUUAUACAGCCAUGCAAUGGACCAUUUGCAUUAUAGACUAAAUUUUGAUCUAGCUCAUCACGUGCACAGCUUGAAAGAGCAUCACAAAAUUAGUAAUAUUCCAAAGUUUCGUUGCGAGAUGUUGUAAAAUGCGGAUAAUAUAACCCUGCGAAAUUUGCAAUUUUCAGUCAUUUUGUAUUACAAACCGGAAAUUGAUGCCCCAACACCCGAUUGGGCUGUCAAUUUCCCGUGCGUAAUACAAAAUGACUGAAAAACGGCAAACUUCGCAAGGCUAUAUUAUCCGCACUUUACAACAUUUCGCAACGAAACUUUGGAAUAUUACUAAUUUUGCGAUGCUCUUUCAAGCUGUGAUGAAAUUUUUGUCUAGAUCAAAAUUUAGUCUAUAAUGCAAAUGGUCCAUUCAGAAAAGGUUGUCCUUUGCAAACCUUAAACUCUAAGCGCGCAAAGUUUAAUGGGAGCACAAGUUUCAAGCUUAGUAGUUGAAUAUUGCAGCUCCCAUUAUGCUUUGCACGCUUACAGUUUAAGGUUUAAGGUUUAGAGUUUAAGGUUUGCAAAGGACAACCAUUUUUGAAAUAGCUGUAUAUGACUUUGACGUGACUGCCAUAUUUGAAAAUAUUUUACCAGCUUGUGACGUCAAAGAUUUAUUUCGUUUGCAUAUCAAAUAUGCUGAAAUAUCCGAAGAAUGACAAGAGGUAAAGAAAAGUUGUAAAAUAACUUAUUUCACAAUUUAACGAGUUCUUUCUCUCCAUAAAGACUUGAAUUCCAUCGCCCUUACCCUUUAAAUAUAUUGGCAAGAUCCUCAUGUUUCGCCCACCUAUAUACGGUGCUUCCCUUUCAUCUUGAGCCAAUCACAAUCCCAAGCGCGAGGAUAUAGCCAAAAUAUUUUGUAAAGUAGUCGCCUCCGUUAGUGCCCUUGUGUCGAUGUUGGGAGGCAUUCUUUGUAUAAUAUCUCGUCACUAUAUUCAUCGCCGACAGAAAAAUCAGCAAUUUGAGGCUCUGUUAUCACUCUCGUCGUUUCCUUCGUGAUGUAAGUACAACGUACUUCCUCUGGUUGGCCUCAAUUUCACAUCCACACCCUCAACCAUUACCUCGUUAUUGUUCACGAAUUCCAUCCCUAAAUUCAGGCUCGGCUCUUGAUCUUCCGCGGUAUCUUCGUGAAGCACGUGCUUUAGCACAAACUUGUUAGGCUUCCCAAGACACUUUGCGAGAGCAUCUUGCGGCAAAUCGUACGCGUUUUCGUAGUAUGAAACAUCACGGUCCCUCGUGAAAUCUUCGGCCGAUUCAUAGAUGUGUUCUCCUUCAUAAUCGCUAUUAUCCUCUUGCAUAUCGUCAAAUAUCUUAUCCUCAUUUGCAUAAGUCUCGUUCUCAUUAGAAUAACCUGCAUUCUCAUUACCGUUCUCAUUAGCGUAACAGAUGUUCUCAUUAGCAUAUUUUCCGUUCUCAUCAGCAUUUUGUGCGCUGUUAUCAUCAUUAUCCGCGCUCUCAUUAGUAGUUUCCGCGUUUUUAAUCACUGAUUCCUGUAAUGCAAACAGUCUUUCCAAACCGAAUGUUUUUGUAGAGGAUUUGAUACUUCUUUGUAUUACCUUAUCAGGUUCCUCGUACAACGAAUCCUCUUCCCAGUUCGCUCUGUUGCUCCCAGAAACAUAGUCUUCGUCUGUACUGGUUCGAUAACAACUCGAAAAGCUUUCCCAGGAGUAUAAACUUCUGUUGUCGUCCGACGUUGGUCCGGCGUUAUUUUGAAUUCCGAUUUCGUGCGUGCUGCUUUCCCCAUGCGUGCUGUGUCGCGAUUUCCGUGAGCCUGAAGCGUGCACAAUCACGCAGUCUCUCGGAAGUACGAUAAUUGAACGGCCUUGCGAGAUAUGGGAAUUUCCUCUUGAACGUGGUUCUGGGACGAC